GUAUCCGAUGAGAGAGUCAUAUUUGUUGAGCAUCUUGUUCUCGGGACACUCUCCACAAUGCAGUACUACACCUCGGCUUUGCUUUUGGGAGUUCUUGUUGCCUGUACAGGUGGCUCGAUCCUCCGCGAUUCCAGAACGAGCGAGUGUUUCCCCGGCUUCUACCAGUGCGACACGGGCGUCUGCAUUCCCGAGUCCAAUCGCUGCGACGGGGUCUUGAACUGCGUCACGGGAGACGACGAGAUGAACUGCGUAACGUCCGAGAAUUCGCUCCGAGUCGAGGAAUGCUUCCCCGGUUACUACAUGUGCGAUACAGGGACCUGCAUUCCGGAGUCGUUCCUGUGUAAUGGUGUAGCCAACUGCAUUACGGGCGACGACGAGAAGAACUGCGGCCAGACGGGGAACAGCACUUCAGAAGUCCGUGUCAAGUGCACUGCCUUUUCCUACGAAUGUGCUGGAGGAGUGUGUGUACCUCUGGAUAAAGUGUGUGAUGGUGUCCUCAACUGCAUUAUGGGAGACGAUGAGGAAAACUGCGAGAAGUAAGUGAUUCGCAUAACAUUCAACUCGAGGUCUGGUGAUGUCAUGCAACUUUCAAUGACGUCAUGGGUUCUUCAGUGAUGCCAUGUGGUCUUGAGUGAUGUCAUCGGAUCUUCAGUGACGUCAUCGGAUCUUCAAUGACGUCAUAGGCUCUUCAGUGACGUCAUACGAUCUUUUUAUUUUUUGUUUUCGUUUUUUUUUGUAUCUACUUUAAUAAAUAUAAAAUAGUAA